AUGAAUGGGUUAAAUCCUCAACGUUUAAAGGCAGAAGAUUUGUUCUUAACCACUUCAGAAUUAAGAGACGUGUCAAUUGAUGAAUUCUAUGAAACAAUUCAAACUAAUCUUCCGAAAUCAAUAGAUUUGACUUACUCAUUGAUCCAUCAUCAACAAUCAAUUGAUAUCAUAUUACAUCUUUGGGAAAUCAGAUUAUUACUUAUAUUAUUCAACAAUAAGUUAAACCAGGCCAAACAGGAAGCUAUAAACCUUAACAAUGUAUUGUAUUUGAACGAAAAUAAUAAUGUUCCUCCUCCAAAACCUCAGGUUAUUUAUCCUUUACCCAAGAAUAAUAAUGGUGAAAUAUCCCAUAAUCUACUCAUCCUUCUUUUAAGAUUGAAAUCAGUUCCAAAUUUAUCUUUGAUCAAUGAUUUUUACAAACUUUGCUACCAGUUAAGAUUGAAAGAACAUUCGAAAUUAAUAUCGAAGAAUCUCAUCAACUUGAGCUUCGAUAUUAUGGUUAUCCUCAUAAUUAAUAAGAAUUACUACACAUUGAUGAACUUCUUGGACAGUUUACUCAAUGAAGUGGAUGAUGCCGUUGUUAAGAAUAACUUAAAGAUUAUCAAAAUUAUUAUAGAUGUGUUAACUAUGAUAUCUAAUAAUACACCUAAAGAAUCAAUUGACAAGAUUAUUAGAGAAAAAUAUUCCGACAUUGAAAUCGACGAUUCAGCAAAAUUGACCUUGGUUUAUAUACUAAGAAACAUAAAUGCUGUUUACUCGGUAGAAAAUGAUCAAUCCUUAGAUAUUUCCGUUGAUGAUUUGACAUUAGAAAAGUUAAUAGAAUUAUGUUUGAACGGCAAUAUUUCCGGUAGAAUAAUAUGUUGUACUUUUGGAUUAUGGGACUUACAAAAUGUUUAUGAUUUCAAAUUGUUAAAUGAAGAUGGAAAUUUGAAGUUCAUCAGUAAUAUUGAAACUAAAUCAGAACCUACUCUUGAAGAUUGUUUUGAGAAGGUACGGUUACAAUGGUGUGAUAACUUACAAAGAGUAUACGGAUUGGAAUAA